AUGCCCAUGGACAUUGACACCUCUCGCCGGAAUAAGUCGCCCCGGCCUCUUUCAGACUCUGAGCGCGCACGAUUAGAAGAGUACAUCGACUCCAUCCACUACUCGGCCCGAUACUCGGACAGUGAAUUCGAAUACCGCCAUGUCCAGCUUCCCAAAGCCAUGCUCAAGGCCAUCCCCAAGGAUUACCACGACACUGCCAAGGGUACCCUCAAGCUCUUGUGGGAGGAGGAAUGGCGAGCUCUUGGCAUCACUCAGAGUCUAGGAUGGGAGCAUUACGAAGUUCAUGAGCCAGAGCCACACAUCCUCUUGUUCAAGCGAGAACUCAACUUCCAACCACCUCAGUAA